AUGGCUGCUGGAACUACAACACCCGAAUUUAAACUGGUCCUGGUUGGUGAUGGUGGCGUCGGUAAAACAACGUUUGUCAAACGACAUUUGACAGGAGAAUUUGUGAAGAAAUACAUGGCCACGGUUGGUGCUGAAGUUCAUCCGAUUCCGUUUAUGACAAAUCGCGGUCCGAUCAUCUUCAAUGUUUGGGAUACGGCUGCACAAGAAAAAUUUGGCGGGUUGCGCGAUGGGUACUACAUUGGUGGUCAAUGUGCAAUAAUUAUGUUCGAUGUGACAUCGCGAAUCUCGUACAAAAAUGUACCCAACUGGCAUAAGGAUUUGGUUCGAGUGUGUGAAGGUGUACCGAUGGUUUUGUGUGGAAACAAGGUCGAUGUCAAGGAUCGAAAAAUGAAGGCAAAAGCGAUUGUGUUUCAUCGCCACAACAACAUGCAAUAUUAUGAUUUGAGUGCAAGAAGCAAUUACAAUUUUGAAAAACCGUUUCUCUGGUUGGUGCGAAAAUUGUCCUGUGAUCCAUCUGUGGAAUUUGCUCCAAUGCAGGCACUGAGACCGCCCGAAAUACAUUUGACCGAUGAGCAAAAGAAACAGAUGGAAAAGGAUAUGAAGUGGGCGGACACACUACCUCUAUCGGAAUUAGGGGAUGAUGAGGAUUUGUAA